UUUUCCACAUUACUGCCCAGCCAACAGCUCUACCAUGCUGUCCUGUCCGGAUGGCUGGAUGCCGCUGAACACCAGCGGUUUGAGGAAGUCUCAGGAGAGCAGCUGUUUGCUGUGUGGGGCCGGCACCUAUCGGCCCAGUCACUCCCCUCACCUCCAGUGCCUCCUCUGCCCUCCAGGACAUCACUGCCCUCCGGGCUCACACCAUUAUAGUGAUCAGCCCUGUCCAGUUGGGUACUUUUGUCCACAAGGCAGCUCCGAUCCUGUUCCCUGCCCGCCUGGGUCAUAUGGAAACCGCACUAGUGCUGAAUCACUUGAGGAAUGUCACAAAUGCCCACCAGGGACCUUCAAUCACUUGCACGCCCAAAGAGCCUGUUUCCCCUGUGGGAGUUCGUCCACCUCAGAUGCAGGUGCGUCCUCUUGUACCUGCAUAGGCAAAAACCGUGCGUUCCAGCAAUCAGAUGGGUCGUGCUUGUGUAAGACAGGUUUUGUCUUUUACAAUGAAUUAGACUUCAAAAGCUCUACCGCAGACAGUGAACUGGACUGUCAACCUGAGGUGAAGAAGCGCUGUGGGGCAGGUCAAGUGAGACUGGCCUCUACACUGGAAUGUGUUUUCCCAUACACCUACUCCUGUAACGUCACAUGUGGUCCUCAGGGUGGGACUUUGGAUGUUGGGAUGGGCAUUUGUCACUGUGAUAGGUACGUGUCAGCAGAGGAGCUGUGUAACUCUUCAUGUGUGUCCACACUGCCGGUGCUCUCUGCCAAACUGGACACAGACGGACAGCUACUGUUGAGAAUCAGAGCCGCAGAUGAAAGCAAAACCUGGAGCAGGAAUAUGAUAAAUGUACUAGGACCUGAUGUUCAUGUCAAGAACAUUGGAAGGAUCCACUUCGUCCAGUUCGCUUCUGAGGGAGUGUUUGGUUGGAUUUUAAAAGACCCCUUGCUCAUUGAUUCUUUAGUAAGAGAACCCGUAAAAAUUCUGGAGAGAGAUUUCAGGAAGAAACGAAAUGCUGAUCAAAAUGAGGUUUCCGAGUCUUUUCCACGGAUCCCAAAUCCCAUCGCAUGUCUGUCCCCAAAUGAUAUGCUCAUCUUUCAGCUCACCAUCAACCACACGGACCGCCACUACAGUCACUUCCCAGUGUACCAGAAGGAUCACCUGUUCAGCAGUAACCCUGGCUGGGAUUUUGGGGCAUUUAGACGUCUGCAGCAUCUUGUCAAACACACACAGCUAAAUUCCAGCAGAUUUGCGCAUGUGUUCAUGGAGCCGGGAAAGUAUGUGUUCCUGGAUAACGCAGUUCCAGACUGGAGUCUGAUAGUGGUCGUGAGUGUACAGGGUUCCGAGUGUAACCCCACAACAGCUGCAUUCCAGCCGACGACCCCUGCACAGCUUGUGCGACACGGGAUUGUUAAACAACACAGCUUAAACCUGCUUCCAGACUGGGGGCUCAUCACAGGGAUCUUGUCUCUGUUGGUGUUGCUGAUAAUAGUGUUGACAGCCUCUGCUCUGGUCUUGAGGCCUAAUCGGUCCAACCUCAUCGCUCAAGGGAGGCCAAAGCCCAAGUGGCGCAGCUUGGGUGAACCCAGUGUUCCUAUUGAAUAUGUUUAUAAUACAGAAAGUUUGGACAGCUCUGAGCCACUAGGUCUGAGAGGGGUGGGAGAGGGAGCAGAAUCAGAGGAACCAGCUGUUUGCAAAGGAGGUUUCAGAACUACACUAAUGGAGCUGGAGGAGUUUAAUGUGAAAACGCUGUAUGACAAGUUAGAGGAUCAGAAUUUACAUCUGGCAUCCCAGCUGGCAAAGCACCGCAAAGACACACAGGAGUUUUACAGGAACAUCUGUCACCAAAUUGAUGCUCUGAGGGACACACUAGAAAAUAUGGAACCCUCAAAACUGAACCAGCUGAAGAAAAUACUAGACAACGAAGUUCUGAUGAAAAGAGAAACUGCUCAUGAGCCGUGGAUGGGGCUGAUGGAGGCCGUGCUGAGAUCUUUGGAGGGAGUGCUGUGCAGAAUGAAUGGAGAGGUCUGGCAGCAACAGGACACCACCGAAACAAACAGCCACAGAGACACUCGAGAGAGUGAACUUCACACCAGAUACACUCAGUUUUCUCCUGCAGACCUUUCAGAGUUUAAAGUGGGUGCAGAUACAGAGGCAGCUUCCACAGUUCCAGGUCAACAGCAGAGCACCAUCCCCUGCGUGAGUGAAGAGGAACUGACCAAGUUUGUGUCUCUGACUCCUCUGUCCAAAACACUGCAGGAAAUAAAGGAAUCGCUCCAGACUCUCGCCCACACGUCCGUCACAGAGGACGUAAUUAUCAGCCCAGCAGAGGGUGAACCAUCGCACCUGAUCCCUGUUGCCCUUGACAGCCUUUCCCCACAGCAUUUUGCUGUCUUCCUCUUUGGCUGCCAUGUUGUGCGUUUACUGAGCAGAGCUUGUUCUUUCCCCUCCGUCGGGCUGCUUUUGGCCAGGACGGUGCCGGUCUCUCACUGUGAUAACCUGCUGGCCUACUGCCAUAAAGACUUUUAUUACGACACAGCCAAUCAAAUUCUGUACAUCCUAGAGAAGAAGCUUCAAAAUGCUGGCCAGUUCAUCUCCAUUAUCUUGCACUCAAUGGCCUUUAUCACCGCAGGCUCAAAAUCUCUUGAAUUCAUAAAAGCCUUCCACUUGGCUGUUUCAGCAUUAAGCAUGCAGUUGUUCCAUCACUCUUUCACUGAGGAUCAGAGGAAAGGAAAGAUGGAUGAGGAAAACACAACGGAGGCCUUUGGAACAUUAGUAGAAGACUUCUUCAGUGUAGAAAUACCUACUGAAAUGCAUUUCACUGAGCACCUGCUGGCAGAGAGACUUCAAGUUUAUAAAUACUUCAAGUUGGAACAGCUCCUCCAAGAACUAAAACCAACUCUAAGAGACAGACACGGAGAUGGACGAGGGCAAACUGGCCUAAAAACACAAGUCCCAGCACAGUGUAUGGAAAGAGAAAUAAACAGACUUGAUGAAGUAUACCAGCAGCUGUCCUCUGAGCUCCACAGGGCAACACACAUACGCAGCCCACCGGAGAAGAAAGAGCCCAGGUUUGACAAACCGCUUCAGGAGCAGCAGGUGAUGCUGGAGCUGCAGAAGUGUACGGUGGAUCAGAGACUGAAGCAGAUGAGAGACAGAUUUUCUAAACUGAGCUCAAGCCAGCGAGCGAGUCCUAAUGAAGACAGACCGGCUCACAGCACAGUCCUGGCUCAGGAAGACAACCAGACUCCCAGCAAAUGCAAACCAGACAGUGGAGGAGAAGAGAAACAGACACCUGCUGCAGGACAGUCCAGAAACAAGAAGAAGCAGAGGGAGCAUAUGGACAAAGAUGAGGAAAAGGGUGUGACUGCGUGAGGAAUCAUGUUUGAAUAUAUUUCUUGUCUUUACACCAUUUUAUUCUUACAGAUCUUACAAGUUACAUUCAUUUUAUCUAUUCAUAAUGACUGAAACGUGUGUGGCACAGUCACAGCCAGUCUGAAGAUAUUUAAUGUUUAAUGCACAGUUAUGAUGAGCAGGGCAAGAUGAAAUAGAAACAAAAUGUCCUUUCAGUUGUCACUUGUAGAUGUCACAAGACAAAACUCACAUGGAGGAGUUGGAUUUAACAUUUAACACCCCUGGUUUAGAAGCACUGUUAUGCUAUACAACUUAGCAAAUGUACUCCCAACCUUAAAACUGUCAAUCUUUAUGGUAUAUUUUUAAAUUUCCAUCAGUGUAUGCAUAUAUUUAUACUACUGUUCAAACAUUUAGGACUGGUAAGUUUUUAAAAAUGUUUUAGAAACAAGAUGCAUUUAUUUGUUAAAAAUAAAUAUGGUAAAAAAAAAAACAUUAAUAAUGUGAAAUAUUAUUACAGUUUAAAAUAAUGCUUUCUAUUUGAAUACAUUUUAAAAUGUCAUUCCAGUCUUCAGUGUCACAUGAUCCUUCAGAAAUCAUUCUAAUAUCAAGAGACAGUUCUUAUAAUCAGUGUUGAAAACAGUUAUAUUUGUGGAAAAACCGAGAUCAAUUUUUGUUCGGGGUUCCUAAAACGAACAUACAGUUCAAGAGCACAGCAUUUAUUUGAAGUAGUAGUGAUUACUGUCACUUUUGGUCAGUUUAAUGCAUCAUAUCUGAAUGAAAGUAUUUAUUCCUUUAAAAAAAAAAAUCUUACUGACCUCAAACUUUUGAAUGUCAAUGUAUGUUUUAAUUAAUUCAUUAUCAUA